CAGUCCCUUGCGAGCCCAAACCCCCGGCCCCUGCGAAAGUUUGAGUAUGGGAGCGGCAGUUUGGGGCGGCACGUCUCUGGCUUGAUAUUGGGCGACUUUCUGGAGGAAACUUGAUUGCUUUUGAGGGGGGACAGACCCACUUUCCCUUGACUGUGUCGUCAGAGCUCCAGGGAGGGACCUGGGUAGUCGGAGAAGCCGGAAACAGCAGGCUGGGGCAGCCACUGCUUACACUGAAGAGGAAGGACGGGAGAGGAUUGUGUGUGUGUGUGUGUGUGUGUGUGUGUGUGUGUGUGUGUGUGUGUGUGUAUUUUUUUUCUUUUUGGUGCUGGAGGUGGAGGGGGGGUGCUAGCAGGGCCAGCCCUGAACCCGCUGGACAGAACUACAGACCCAUGGGGCCUGGCAGUGCCCGCUGAGAGAGGGAGAAGACAGCAGAGGGGUUGGCAAGGCACCCUCCAAACCCCAGAUCAUGUCUCUGUGGGGUCUGGUCUCCAAAAUGCCCCCAGAAAAACUGCAGCGGCUCUAUGUUGACUUCCCUCAACACCUUCGGCAUCUCCUGGGUGACUGGCUGGAGAACCAGCCCUGGGAAUUCCUUGUCGGCUCAGACGCCUUCUGCUGCAACAUGGCCAGCGCCCUACUUUCUGCCACUGUCCAGCGUCUUCAGGCCUCAGCUGGAGAGCAGGGGGAGGGGAGCACCAUCCUGCAACACAUCAGCACCCUGGAGAGCAUAUAUCAGAGGGACCCCCUGAAGCUGGUGGCCACUUUCAGACACAUACUUCAAGGGGAAAAAAAAGCCAUUAUGGAACAGUUCCGCCACCUGCCAAUGCCCUUCCACUGGAAGCAAGAGGAACUCAAGUUUAACACAGUCCUGCGGAGGCUGCAGCACCGAGUGGGGGAAACCUGCCUUCUCCGCAAAGCCCUGCAGCCUGGGGCUGAGGGAGGCCAAGUGUCUUUGCACAGCCUGAUAGAAACUCCUGCCAAUGGGACCGGGCCAAGUGAGGCCCUCGCCACGUUCCUGCAGGAGACUGUCGGGGAGCUGGAGGCUGCCCAGGCCCUGGUGCUGAAGAGGAUCCAGAUUUGGAAACGGCAGCAGCAGCUGGCAGGGAAUGGCGCACCCUUUGAGGAGAGCCUGGCCCCACUACAGGAGAGGUGUGAGAGCCUGGUGGACAUUUACUCCCAGCUGCAGCAGGAGGUGGGGGCGGCUGGUGGGGAGCUUGAGCCCAAGACCCGGGCAGCGCUGAUUAGCCGGCUGGAUGAAGUCCUGCGAACCCUCAUCACCAGCUCUUUCCUGGUGGAAAAGCAGCCCCCCCAGGUUCUGAAGACUCAGACCAAGUUCCAGGCCGGGGUUCGAUUCCUGCUGGGCCUGCGGUUCCUGGCGGCCCCAGCCAAGCCUCUGAUGGUCAGGGCCGACAUGGUAACCGAGAAGCAGGCGAGGGAGCUGAGCAUGCCCCAGGGGCCCGGGGCUGGAGUAGAAAGCACUGGGGAAAUCAUUAACAACACCGUGCCCCUGGAGAACAGCAUUCCUGGGAAUUGCUGCACUGCCCUGUUCAAGAACCUGCUUCUGAAGAAAAUCAAGCGGUGCGAACGGAAGGGCACAGAGUCUGUCACCGAGGAGAAGUGUGCCGUGCUCUUUUCCACCAGCUUCACGCUCAGCCCCAACAAACUCCCUAUCCAGCUCCAGGCCCUGUCUCUGCCCCUGGUGGUCAUCGUCCACGGCAACCAAGACAACAAUGCCAAAGCCACCAUUCUGUGGGACAACGCCUUCUCUGAGAUGGACCGCGUGCCCUUUGUGGUGGCUGAGCGGGUGCCCUGGGAGAAGAUGUGUGAAACUCUUAACCUCAAGUUCAUGGCUGAGGUGGGGACCAACCGGGGGUUACUCCCAGAGCACUUCCUCUUCCUGGCCCAGAAGAUCUUCACCGACAACAGCCUCAGCAUGGAGGCCUUCCAGCACCGUUCUGUGUCCUGGUCACAGUUCAACAAGGAGAUCCUGCUGGGUCGUGGCUUCACCUUUUGGCAGUGGUUUGAUGGCGUCCUGGACCUCACCAAACGCUGUCUCCGGAGCUACUGGUCAGAUCGGUUGAUCAUUGGCUUCAUCAGCAAACAAUACGUCACUAGCCUUCUUCUCAACGAGCCUGAUGGAACAUUCCUCCUUCGGUUCAGUGACUCAGAGAUUGGGGGCAUCACCAUUGCCCAUGUCAUCCGGGGCCAGGAUGGCUCCCCACAGAUAGAGAACAUCCAGCCAUUCUCUGCCAAAGACCUGUCCAUUCGUUCACUUGGUGACCGAAUCCGGGACCUCGCUCAGCUCAAAAACCUCUACCCCAAGAAACCCAAGGACGAGGCUUUCCGGAGCCACUACAAGCCUGAGCAGAUGGGUAAGGACGGCAGGGGUUAUGUCCCAGCUACAAUCAAGAUGACUGUGGAAAGGGACCAGCCACUUACCACCCCUGAGCCCCAAACGCCUACCAUGAGGCCCUCUUAUGAUCUUGGAAUGGUCCCUGACUGCUCCAUGAACAUGCAGCUCGGCCCAGAUAUGGCGCCCCAGGGGUACCCACCACGCUCUCACUCCAUCCCCUCAUAUCCAGCCCUUCCCCGGGAAGAAUCGGUCAAUGUGCUGCCAGCCUUCCAGGAACCUCACCUGCAGAUGCCGCCCAGCCUGAGUCAGAUGAGCCUGCCCUUUGACCAACCUCACCCGCAGGGCCUGCUGCCGUGCCAGCCUCAGGAGCAUGCCGGGUCCAGCUCCAAGCCCUUGCUCUGCUCAGAUGUGACCAUGGCGGAAGACAGCUGCCUGACGCAGCCGGUGGGAGGGUUCCCUCAAGGCACCUGGGUCCGUGAAGACAUGCUCCCGCCCUUGCUGCCUCCCACUGAACAGGACCUCACCAAGCUUCUCCUGGAGGGGCAAGGAGAGUCAGAGGGAGGGUCCUUGGGAGCCCAACCCCUCCUGCAGCCCUCCUGCUAUGGGCAGUCUGGGAUCUCAAUGUCCCACCUGGACAUAAGGGCUAACCCCACUUGGUGAUCCCAGCUGGAGGGGGAGCCCAGAGACAGCUCUUCUGCCCCCAUGGACCUGCUCUGAACACCUGCCUGUGCUCCUGCCAAGCAGCAGCUGGGGAGGGUGUCCUCCUAUCCCCACCUACUCCCUGGUCAGGAGGAAAAGACUUUGCCAGGAGAAUGUAUAGUGGGUGGAACAUAUCUACUCCUUCCUUCCCACCACACACCCCUGCCCUCCACUUUCCAAAUACUGGAAGGGAAAUUCAGGUUCCAAGUGAGACACGCCCCAAAACGCCUGCACACGCAGAACACACACACACACACCCUCUCCUUAGAAGAUGUGGCUGAGCAGGAAGGGGGCUGGGCCAGAGCACAGGUGAGGGCAUGGAGGGCUUCUCUGCUUGCCCUGAGCCGGGGCUCCGGACACACAUGUGGAAACACACAGACACGUGCACACAUCUGCUUCAGAGGCUAGGGGUGGAAGUAUGGGCUUGGGUCCCAGCCCUGGGGGCACGGGAAACCGUUCAGGAGACCCUGGGAGAGAGGGGGGUCUGUACAUUUGGUCGCUGAUGUGGGUUUUGCCCAGAUUAAAAAACAAAUCCCAGUCAGCUCCAAAUUCCUGCCAGUCAGAUGCAGGCUUUUGGAUACGUGUACGAGAUUGUGCAGAACUAUAAGGGCCGAGUUUGCGUAUAGCUGUGAAAGUGUGUGGACCUGAGAUGUGUUAAUAUAUAGAUGUCACACGUUAGUUUUAUGGCCACAUAGAACACGCACCUCUCUGAUUUUGCCUGUGUGACAACACGUUUGGAAGUGUGAGACACUGCUCAAAAGACACCAGCGAGUAUACUAGCCUCUCUGACGUAUGCUAACCCAAACGUACUAAGCUUUGAGUAUGACUGUGCCCAGGCUGGGUCUAUGUGGCUGUAGCUUCGAUGGCUCAACACCUCCAAUCCUGCCCAGAGGCAGAGGCUGAGCCUGGGGUCCAGACUCAGGUGUGUGGUCCUCAUGGUGUAUUGGGGGCCCUACCCGCUUCUUCUUUUCUAUUUCCCCACCCACCGCCAGCUUCCCUCCACUCCCCAACCCCAUGCCACCCUUUCUCCAUCUUGGGGGUCAUAGAUCCUAAGCCAUAAAAUAAAUUUUAUUCCAAAAUAACAAAAUAAAUAAUCUACUGUACACGA